AUGGACGAGUGUCAGGAGCACGUGGCCAACGCGCGCGACGUGCCCGAUGACCUGAUCGAACAGCUGACCAGUGAGACUCCCCGGGGGUCAUCGUGGAGCCCGGCCAAGCGCCAGCUGCUCCGGCGGAUCCUGGCUGCUCUGGACGGUUACCAGCUGGCGCGACGGGCGGUAGCCGGCCGGCGCGGUGCGGCGUUCGUGGCGCGCGUGCACGCGGAUCGGUGCGCGUCACGGGUGCGACGCGCUCUGGCGGCGGCCGGCUGGCAGCGGCCGCUCUGCCAGUGGCUGCACGGCCUGCUGCUGCAAAAGCUGGGUCGCGACGCGCUGGCGCUCUACCUGGAGGUGGUGCAGACGCUGACCAGCAAGACGCCAUCGCUGGCGGCUCGGCUGACGUGGCCGGCCGGCCCCCGCCACGGCCCGCUCUCCGCCGAGACGCUGGCGCCGCUGCUGCGCCGGCCCUGGGAACCGGCCACCCACAUCAUCUCUCAGCACAAGCUGCGGCGCCUUCCCAACAACCCGCUGCUGGUGCUGGUACCGUCGUCGCCGUGCCACGGCUCGGACGCCAGCCGGCUCGGCUUCGGCACCGGCCGGCUCGACUUCUGGCACCGCCAGCUCUCGGCGCUCGGCAAGGUGGUCGCCAUCAGCGUGUUCGAGGGUGGCGCGCCGAGCCGCGGCAUCACCGUCAGCGAGAGCCUGUCGCACAUCAUGGCCAUGUGCCGGAGCCAGGUGGCCGAGCUGCGGCGGCCCGGCCGGCCGCUGGUCCUGCUCGGCUGGGGCGCCGCCGGUCUGGUGGCCGCCCACCUGGCGCUGGUCGAGCCCGUCAGCGCCGUGGUCGGGCUCGGCUUCCCGUACUGGUCGGCGGCCGGGCGGCGCGGCGAGCCGGACGACCCGCUGCUCGAGUCGCGCACGCCCACCCUGCUGCUGGUGGGCCAGUCGGCCAGCGACGCGGCGCCGCACGAGCUCGAGCUGAUGCGCGACCGGAUGCGUGCAGAGACUGGCCUGGUGGUGGUGGGCGGCGCCGACCGCCGCCUGCUGGUCAACCGGCACAAGCGGCAGCGCGAGGGCCUGACGCAGAGCAUGGUGGACCGCGCAGUCAUGGAGGAGGUCUCCGAGUUCCUGACCAACAUCCUGACGCAGCAGCUGGACGGCACGCUGCCCGUGUUUCCGCGGCUGCCGACUCCGCCACUCUGCCGCGAAGACGCGGUGCUGAGGAACCUGGCGCGCGAGCGGCGGCGGCGGCCGGUCGGCCCGGCCAAACAGCGUGCCAGGCCGACCAGGAGCGGGCGUCCGAGGGGCCGGCCGCGUGCCGCCACGCAGCGUCCAGAGCCGGGCGGCUCGCCGGCCGCCGACGACCGACUCUCUCUCGGAGCCGCCCAUCAUCGACCUGAUCCAGGAGGCGGACAGCGCCGCGACGCUGAAAAUGAUGACGACGCCGCCGUUUAA